AUGGUGAUACUACACACACCCUCAUCAACCGCCGAGGCUACACUGGGCCCUUCCUCCCCGGAUUCCGCGCUGCUCCCGAAUGCCAGCCCAAGGCCGGUAAGCGACGCCGCGCCUGCAAGGACUGCAGCUGCGGUCUCGCCGAGCGCCUCGCCGCCGAAGACGAGGCCAAGCGUGCCGCUGCCGACGAGAAGCUUAAGAGCGUCAAGCUCGCCGCCGACGACCUCGCCGAGAUCGACUUCACCGUCCAGGGCAAGGUUGGAUCCUGUGGUAAUUGCGCUCUGGGCGAUGCUUUCCGCUGCGACGGCUGCCCAUAUGUCGGACUACCGCCGUUCAAGCCUGGUGAAGAAGUCAGGCUGCUGA